GGUCAUACUUGCAGCUUGCUGUUAAAGCCUGCAAACUCCACUACCCCGCAAAUCCUUAACCAUCCUAAAGGCUAUCCGCGUAUCCGAUCACAUAUGUUUUACAACACAAGCCUUCUUGCAAAUAUCUCGGUCUAUCCACGACUCGAAGCUCUUUUCAUCUUCUGCACAAUUUACACCAUGGGAGACGACAAAUAUGAUAGAAAUGCCCUGGUCAAUCGGAAAUUACCUCAGAUGCAGCUAGCAAAAGGCUUGAGCAAUUCAACACCUCCCCCAAUUGAUAAUGAACAAAAGUCAUCAAGCUUGAAUCCUGCUAUCAAUAGAUUUGCCGUUAAAGGAAAUGCAAUCUUCACAGGAGGAGCAGGCACCCUAGCUUUACAAGGAGCUCGUGCCCUUCUCGAACACGGCCUCAGUGGAUUAGCCCUUUAUGAUAUCAAUCCAAAAGAAGAUCACCCUGGCAUAUCCGCCCUGAGGGCAGAUUUUCCUAGUGCCAAGAUCCUAUUAAAACAAGUUGAUGUCACAAACGUGGAAACUUUGAAUCAAGCUACCCAUGAGACAGCCUCGACCUUAGGAAGUAUUGAUAUAUUGUGCUGUUAUGCAGGUGUUGUGGGAUGUGUGCAUGCACUCGAGAUAAGUGUUGAGGAGUGGAGACGCACUUUGGAGAUUAAUACCACCGGGGCAUUUCUAUGUGCACAAGCUGUUGCCAAAAAAAUGGUUGAUCAAGGAACCGGGGGUGCAAUUGUGUUCAUUGCAUCUAUAUCUGGCCAUACCGUUAACUAUCCUCAACCUCAAAUUGCCUACAAUGUCUCCAAAUCUUCUUUACUUCAUAUGAAAUCAUGUCUUGCAGCUGAGUGGUCUCGAUAUGGUAUCCGUACGAAUACUAUUUCUCCUGGUUAUAUGGAUACUAUUCUCAAUGAAGGUGAUGGAUUAGAAGAAGCAAGGAAUAUUUGGACUUCCAGAAAUCCGAUCGGUAGGAUGGGGAAUGUUGAAGAAUUAAGUGGAGCUUUGGUGCUUUUGUGUAGUGGAGCCGGAAGUUAUAUUACUGGAGCUGAUUUGGUUGUUGAUGGAGGUCAAACUGUUUUUUGAAUGAUUAGAAGGAUUCUGGAAGGCCACAACGAGGGGGAAGUGUAGUGACAUGGUCUUCAACAAUUAGGUCAUUAAGUAUUCUUUCAGAUAUCUAUCGAAUAUCAUAUUGUCAUUUCUAUGGCCCUA